ACAGUCACACUCGACACAUCGAAGGUAUUUUUGAACAGCCAGAAACAAUCACACUCUUGUUUGUUAAUAAUACUAGCGCACUCGCGGCCCCAAAAUAAAAAACGGUUCGAUCGCGCGACCAUCGACCAGCCAAUUUUUUUGCUGCACAGCCGACGCCGCCCGAAAAAGUGAAAGUAUUUGCAUGUGAGAGGCGGAAAAGAGUCGCGGAGUGGGUCAGCGAGCAAGAAGAAGAGCCAGCGGCGCAAGAAAAGCGGCGCAAGAGGUGGGGGCAGACACAAAACCGAGAAACAGUGAGGCGAAAAUCGGAAAAGUGCAAUAACGAGGCCGCGAAAUCUCUGCUAAAAGGUCAACCUCGGACUCGCGAUAGUUUUAGCCACUAGUUUGGUAGUACAGUACGUCCUGCGUCCGUGCAAUUCAUACGUUAAUACCAAUUUAUAUGUGACCGAAAUCUGAGAGUGUUCAGUGUGUGCGCGAGAGAGCGAGACCAGCAUGGGUACGACAAAGGAGCGAAGAGAGCAGAGCGAGGGCGACGCCGCCACCACCCACUCAAUAACAACAACAACUACAACGGCAGCAGCAACAGUAGCAGGAGAAGUUACUACUACGCCAGCUACAAAAGCAGCAACCACAGCAGCAGCAGAUACGAGCACGCCGAAUGCCGCCAAAAAGAUUCGCCGCACCUUCUCCAUGCCACGCAAUCCCUUCCGUUGGACGCGCAAGUUCAAAACGGCAGCUGCCGUUACGUCGUCCUCGGGAGCGGAAAAGGACAACGGAAGCGGCAAGGAUAACGGGGGCGGGGGCGGGGGCAGGGAGCGGCGUGGCAGCCACACGGCCAUCUCGUCCUGCGUGGGCGGGGGGCGUGGCAGGAGCGGGAGCAUUGUGUCCCUCAGCAGCUACGAGGCUCCCUUCACUUCGUCCACCAGCAACCACAACAAUACGGCCAACAACAACACCACCACCGCCAGCAAUGGAAACAACAGCAACACCAACACCAACAGUAGUAGCAACAACAACAGCAACAGCAAGCGGACACGUGCCCUGCGCCGUUCGUCCUUCAGAAAGUUUCUCAACCGGAUCGCCCAGCACCUGAGUUCGACGGUGAAUGUCGUGUCGGAGGAGCAGCACUCGCCUGCGAAUCGCAUCGCCUUCAUUGAAAUUGUGCCAUUCUACACCGGAUGCUGGCGCAGAAAAGAGGCGAACAAACAUGGACAGCCAUCGGGCCCGGCAGCUUCGGCGGGCGGCGGCGGAGGAGGAGGCGGAGGACCAGGUGGCGGCGAGCGAGUGCCCCCCAUCGGAGGCUAUCAGUGGCCGGCGGAUCAGACUCCAGGUGUAAUGGGCCUGAAGAACCACGGGAACACUUGCUUUAUGAACGCGGUGCUGCAGUGCCUCAGUCACACAGACAUCCUGGCCGAGUACUUUGUGUUGGAUCAGUACAAGGCUGACCUCAAGCGACGCAACAAGAUCAACUCGCGAAAGUUCGGCACCAAGGGAGAGCUCACCGAGCAGCUGGCCAACGUGCUGAAGGCGCUGUGGACCUGCAAGAACGAGAGUGACCACAGCACCAGCUUUAAGGCAGUGGUGGAUCGGUACGGAACGCAGUUCCGCAGCUCGACGCAACACGAUGCCCAGGAGUUUCUCUUUUGGUUGCUCGACAAGGUGCACGAGGACCUCAACACGGCCAGCAAGCGGCGCUACAAGAGCCUCAAGAACUCGUACGGCCGAUCGGACGAGGUGAUCGCCGCCGAGACGCUGGCCAACCACAUCCGGUGCAACAACAGCUUCGUCCAGGCCGUGUUCCAGGCCCAGUUCCGCUCAUCGCUCACCUGCCCGCGCUGCGAAAAGCAAUCGAACACCUUCGACCCCUUCCACUGCAUCUCCGUGCAGCUGCCGCAGCUCACCCAGCAGACGAUAUUCGUCACGGUGGUCUACAUGAAGCAGCUCCCACGUCAGGUGAGGAUGGGCUUGCGAGUCCCAGCCGGAUCCCCGAUAGUAGCGCUUCGCGAGCAGCUUCAGGCGGACACAGGGAUCGAGGGAUCGCGAAUGGUCCUGGUUGACUUAAACGCCGAAGGAUUCACGCGCGUUUUCUACGACACACAGCCCGUGGAGACGCUAUCUAGCAUUGAAACCAUUUACUGCAUCGAGGUGCCGGAGGCAACUCCUGUUCCCAAGGCUGCUACUCCUCCAGAGACGGGGGAUAAGGCUGCUCCAACAGCAGCGGCUCCUGCUCCUGCUGCAGCUCAAUCGCAGGCGGACCUGUUGCUCCUAGUGGCCAACGUAUACCGUGCGAAGGAUGGAGCGGACAUAAGCCGCUUUGGAGCCCCCUUCAGCAUGAAGGCACCUCGUGACUGCUCAUACCAGGAUCUGCAGAAACGAAUGCUCCGCGAAAUGGCGCCGCUGCUCAAGCCAGAGGUGUUCUCCUAUGCCACGCCACUGAACGAGAUGUUCCGCAUUCGACUGCAAGAUCCCUCCGCAGACCCUGAUACCUAUUUGGAGCAGGUGGAGCACCCGCUGCUUACCGAGAUGAUCGACAUGGCGCUUUCCGUGCUGUCCUCCGAGGCGGGACCCCAGCAUAUAAAGCUUCUUCUGGAGUGGAGUUCGCCCGAGGCACACUUUAUCAGUAAACAGCAGGACACGGAAGAAGCCGUCGUGGAACACGAGAGCGUUGCGCGUCUGAGUGCCAGCAAACCGAGCGACACAGCCUCGCUGACUUUGGAGCAGUGCCUGGAGCACUACACCAAGGCAGAGACUCUAAGUGCCGAGGAUGCCUGGCGCUGUCCACACUGCCAGCAAUACCUUCCAGUAGUGAAGACGCUGGGUCUGUGGUCGCUUCCCGACAUCCUGGUGGUGCAUUUCAAGCGUUUCCGGCAACAUCAAUCUAAGGGUCCGCAAGCGGCCAAGCUGACAACAAUGGUCAAAUUCCCGCUGACCGCCUUCGACAUGUCACCACACCUGGCUCGUGGCGUGCAUGAAAGUGCCAGCAGCUCGCUGGGCAUGGGAACGGGUCUGGGACUUGGACUCGGUCUGGGCUCGAAUCCCUGGAAGAAGGCUCGAUCCGGUGACUCGCGCUCCUCCACACUUAACUCGCGCAGCGACGCAAAGGACACGCGGUACGACCUCUAUGCCGUGUGCUACCAUCAGGGCGAUACUUUGGAAACGGGCCAUUAUACGGCCGCCUGCAAGAAUCCGUACGACCGUCAGUGGUAUAAGUUCGACGACCAGCGAGUGAGCAAGGUGCCGGAGGACGACAUUGAGCAGGACAUCAUCAAUAACGAGGCCUACAUGCUCUUCUACCAGCGACGCAGUGUAGAUGCUGGCGAGUGUUCCGGCUCCAGCUCGAACUCCGGAGAUCACUGGGUAUCGCGAAUUGCCCCAGCCCCAUCAUCGUCCGCAUCAUCGACGUCAGGAAAGGAGAAGGAGCCGCUCAAGUUGGAGGAAACCACCGAAUCUCCUGCGGCAGCAGUAGCGGAGAAGGCCCAGUCCAAGCCGGUGGACAUACCCAUAAUUUGCCAAGAGAAGGCGAAAGUUACUGAAGAAUGCCCAGACGCCGUUGAAGAAAAGACAUCUGUUACACGUGAUCUACAUAUUGAGGAACUGGCAUUUGCCGAUGCAGAUGUAGACACCAGUUUAAGUGAGACCAGCAAGGCGGAGGCAAAUCCAGCCGCUAAGGAUGAACCAAAGAAGGUGGAGGUGGAGGUGGAGGUAGAGGAAGCCACGCCUAUAUUUGCCAUGGAUGAAGAUUGUCCCGAACCUGAACAGGAGAAGCAGGAGGAAUCCGUUAAGAAGGAAGACGUACUCUCCGAAGCCCCAGAUGUGAGCGAACCAACCGCCGAGCUCAAGACCAAUGGCCAUGUGAGCUCUUCGUCCAGCUCUUCCUCCUCGGAAAGCUCGCUCUCGUCACGCUCCUCGCCGCGAUCAUUGAGUACUUCAGUGACAGCGGCAUCUACUCUGCAGAGCAAAUUCAACGGCCACAUGAGCGCCGCACCAGCUCUUUUCAAUGGAAAUGGAAACACGUCGCAGCUCUCGUCCAGCUUGCAAUUAUCGCGACAUGUGCUGCAUAACCAUCAAUGGCACGGAUCUAGGAGCAGCGUGUCAGCCGUAGAGAAUGCCACGCACCAUCAACAGCAGCAGGCGGCGGCCAGUCUAAGCCUUCGGCAUUCGUUUUCCACAAGUUCAAAUUACACGGAGACACUAUCAUCCUUGCUACGCAAGUCUGCAAACACAUGCAGCAAGGACACGCUGCUGUUUAUCGACCAACAGAGUCACCAUCAUACAGCCGGACUGAUCGAAGAUGACGAUGAUUCGUACAUGGGCAGGUCCCUUUGGAUAUCGCCCGUAACGCCACACAAACUCAUCACUGUUUCGCCCAAGAAUUAGAUGCGAUAUUAGGAUCCACUCGGAUUGUAGACAUAAAGAGUAAUGAAACCCGAAAAUGAAAGCGAAGCCGAAACAAGAAUAUACAAAAACGCACUAUAGCCAUAAGCCUAAGGUUUACUUUAUAUGAUAUUUCUUAACCGGAGCUCCCGAGCGAUAAGCAAAACGCAUUAUGAAGAUGUUAUACAACUUUGUUUACUUUAAGAUACGUACUCAUAUAUACGAUACUUGCAAUAUUGCAUAACGUUUGAAAGUUUGAUGAAACUUGAAUAGAAUCUAUAAGCAUUAGAAUAUUUAUUCGACAGCAAUUCAAAGCCAAUGACGAGCAUUAGUUUUCUUUACACUUUACCGAAUCGACGAGGAUUUUUUUAACCUAACGACUACCGAUAUUAAUUUAGCCAAACAAUGAAGUACAAUUUGAUUUGAUUUAGUUCUCCGUUCAACCUAUUAACCUUCUUGUAUAGUUCCCUAACGAUUUUUACGUAACGAUGAAGUGCUUGGCAUGCCUAAGUUUAGCUUUUUGUACAUGAAACCAAGUUUCAGACUAAAUUUAUGCGCAUAGAUAGAAAUGUAAGGACACGUAUUCUCUUUAAUUACCAUUACUUUGAAUUCUACAUUAAUCUAUACGAUUGUAACUUUUCCACAACCAUAAAAUUCUGGCACAACUGCAUAUGAUUCUUUCGAUUCGUUGUCGGGCUACGUUUUGUGAAUCGUUUAUAAUGCGGAUCUAUAUACGAACAUAUAUAUUACUUUAUAAAUAAUGUAUUCUAUAUGUAGACGAAAGCAUUACACCAAAACAUUAUAUUGAUAAAAAAUGUUUAAGGACUCUACCACAUUGUUUUCUGGAGAGGAAGAACUUUAUUACGGUGUAAAACGUUCAUUGUAUUCAUAAAUAAACGUGAAGUUGUUGAAUAUGAA